AUGGAUUCAGAAGUUCAACUAGAGGAGGAGGCUCUAAAAACGAAUAUGAUUGACGAUAUUGAUGCAAAUGGGUACUUAGUCACAUAUAGCGGUUCGGAUGCUGAAGUAGAGUUAAGAAAAGACUUAGACAUGGAUUUCGGGUUUGAGAAAGAAGUAGCUAGUGAUGUAACUGGACAGGUUUUCGAUACUCUUGAUGAGGAUAUACAUAACACAAUGGAUUUACAACCUCAAUUAGAGGAGGAAACUUUUAAAACAAAACAGGUUGACGGUUCGGAUGUUGAAAUAGAGAAAAAUAAUGACGCGAACGUUGAUCAUGGGUUUGAGAAAGACGAAGAUAAUGAUGUAAUGGGAAUGGAUUUUGACAAUCCUGAUGAUGCGUAUGAGUUUUACAACCGCUACGCCUUUUUACAUGGAUUUGGAAUACGCAUUUUUCAAACUUUUAGAGAUAAGACAACAAAUGAUCCUUAUCGAAAGAAAUAUGUAUGCAACAAACAAGGUUUUAAAGAUUUAAAGUGUAAUAGUUCCACUGGGCAUGUUAAGAAGCGUCGACGAGAUUUAAGGACAGGAUGUGAAGCAUAUCUUCGGAUUUCUAAAAGUAAAGAUGGAAAAUGGUUAGUAGAUAUGUUUAAUGAUGUACACAAUCAUGAGCUAACUGUUACUCCGACCAAAGUAAUGAAACACCGUUCUCAUGGGAAGUUUCACCGCUCAAUGGCAUGCAAAUCUCUAGCAACGGAACUUGGUCGAUCUGGGUUGAAACCUUGUCAAAUCAAGAGGGUCUGUGCUGAUAUCUUAGCUGAGCAACGAAAACAGUACAAAGGUAAAGAGUUUUAUGGGCUCAUUAAACAUUUCCAAGAUAAACUUAUUGAUGAUCCUAACCUUUAUUUUGUUGUGGAUUUAUUUGAUGACGGGUCUCCAAGAAAUAUUUUUUGGGCUGACGGGAGAUCACGAGACUCAUAUAUAAAAUUUGGGGACGUUGUUGUUUUCGAUGUCACGUAUAUGACCAACAAGUUUAAGAUGCCAUUUUCUCCAUUUGUCGGGGUGAAUCACCAUGGUCAAUCCAUACUUUUUGGUGGUGCAUUACUGGAGAAUGAGAAACAAGAAACUUUUGAAUGGUUAUUUCAAAAUUUUCUAAAGUACAUGUUUAAUAAGUAUCCACAGGCAAUAAUUACUGAUCAAGACAAAGCUAUCGACAAUGCAAUUAGAGUUGUUUUCCCAAAUACGCGACAUCGUUAUUGUUCAUGGCAUAUUAAGAAACAUAAGAUCGAGCAUCUUCAAGCUCUUACAGUUCGUUACAAUGACAUUGAAGGGUUAUAUAAACAAUGGGUAAAAAGUAACACAACUGAAGAAUUUGAAACUCUUUGGGAAUUCUUAUGUGGAAAAUAUAAUUUUGAAAGUGGCAGUUGGAUAAUGGAGAUGUAUAAGCAACGUAAACUUUGGGCUAAAGCUUACUUAAAAGAUUGUUUUUUUUGCUGGCAUGACAUCAAGUGCGAGAAGUGA